AAAUACACACAGAAGCGGCAGAUUUUUAGGAGGAAGGAGAAGAGCAUAAUAACAGUGGAACGUGUUCGAGGAUUAUUUCGAAUUUAAAUAAUUUAUAUGUAGACGAUUAUUAUUUGACAUGGGGAAAGAGGGMUUUCUAAGCCCAAAGGCGAUCGGGAAUAGGAUCAAAGCAAAAGGUCUUCAAAAAUUGCGAUGGUAUUGUCAAAUGUGCCAGAAACAAUGUCGAGACGAGAAUGGCUUCAAAUGCCACUGCAUGUCCGAGUCCCACCAGAGACAGCUGCUGCUGGCCUCGGAGGACCCCAACAAGAUCAUGGACAACUUCUCACAGGAGUUCAAGAAUGACUUUAUUGAGCUGAUCAGAAGACGCUUUGGAACCAAGCGAGUGCAAAACAACAUUGUCUAUAACGAGUACAUCAAUGACAGAGAGCAUGUCCAUAUGAACUCCACCCAGUGGGAGACUCUCACUGAAUUCACCAAGUGGCUGGGGAAAGAGGGUUUCUGUAAGGUGGACGAGACGCCCAAAGGCUGGUACAUCCAGUACAUCGACCGCGACCCAGAGACCAUCCGGAGGCAGGAGGAGCUGGAGAGGAAGAAGAAGCAGGACCUUGAUGACCAGGAGCGCAGUGCCAAGUUCAUAGAGGAGCAGGUCCGCCGAGGCCAAGGGGGCAGGGAGCCAGAGGAAGCACCGGUUUUCACUGAGUUGAAACGAGAAAGUGAAGAAGAGAAAAUUACCUUCAAUCUGGCCAAGGGCUCCUGUUCCUCUGCGGAUGGCCCAUCUAAAGCCAGUGUGGCCCUGGGUCCCAGUGCCCUGAAGGCAGCAGGUUCAGGGAAAAGGAAAGAUGCGCCCUCCACCUCAGAAGCCAAAGAGAAGAAGAAGAAGUCAGCCCUGGGUGAGAUCAUGGAGAUGGAGGAGCAGAAGAAGAGGUCUGUGAGAGCGGACCACUGGCUGCACCCCGGCAUCGUAAUCAAAGUUGUUACCAAGAGACUGGGGGAGAAGUACCACAAGAAGAAAGGAGUUGUCAAG